GGAACGGUGGAUAUAGACUGAAGUGGGAUAAAGAAGCAAGUGGAGGGAAGCAAGAAGCUCAAAAGCUUGGCCAGGGCUACUCUGCGAUUUUAUAUCUAGGGAAGACGGACACGAUCCACCAUUAUCCCCAGUAUGUAUCGUGUUCUUUAGCCUUCAGAUCUCUGAGUGCUGUUGGCGAGGAGCUCUGAGGAUCCAUCGAAAUCGCAUCCUUUUGACUGCCGCUGUCAUCUCCAUGUAUUUUGACAUUAUCUCGGAAAAUGCAGAGAUCUAUUGUGAAAAGACCGUCACCGUCGCUGACAGCUAGAUCCAGAAAGCUGAGAGGAGGAUGAAUCCUCCAGGUCAUCGAAGACAUCUACGCGUCUUUGUUGCUGCCCGUCUACGGCGGCCCCAUCUGCCUCCCAAAAGUUAACCUCCCCCGAACACUCACAAGUGGGCAUCCCAGAGGGUAGGAAAGGCGAGCCAGCCCCUGUAAAUAUGCCUGGAUGGAGGUCUCAGUGGCGUCUUGUCCUUCUGAACUCCCUCACCUGUGGCUUGGAGAUCUGUGUGGCAGCUGGGAUCACGUAUGUGCCCCCGUUACUGCUGGAGGCUGGUGUGGAGGAGCGUUACAUGACUAUGGUUUUAGGUAUUGGUCCAGUGCUCGGCCUCCUCUUCAUCCCUCUGAUCGGCUCAGCCAGUGACAACUGCAAUAGCAGUUACGGAAGGCGGCGGCCUUUCAUCUGGCUGCUGUCUCUGGGAGUACUCCUGGCACUUUUGAUCAUUCCCCAUGCCGACAUCCUGGCUGCGCACCUUGCCUGGGGAGGACGCACUUUCCAGGUGGGUUUCCUAAUCCUCGGAGUUGGCCUUCUUGACUUUUGUGGACAAGUUUGCUUCACGCCAUUGGAGGCGCUAUUGUCAGACCUGUAUCGAGAUGGGGAGGACUGCAACCAAGCCUUUGCGAUGUUCUCCUUCAUGGUCAGCUUGGGAGGCUGUGUGGGAUACUUGCUCCCUGCACUAGACUGGAGCCACAGCCUGCUCUCAGUUUACCUCGGAGGCCAGGACCAGUGCCUCUUCUUUCUCCUCAUCCUUAUCUUUAUAACCAGCCUACUCGUCACUAUGAAGGUUUCCGAAGAACCCUCCUGUGCCACCGGCGACCCGGCCGGUGCCGCAUCUUUGCCGGAGCCGGGAACGGGUGCGAUGGAAGCAGGCCAGUGCGGUGCGCCUCGGUCGUGCUGCUACCUUCUGAAGUGCAAGUUGAGGCUUCUGAAGUCGGGACCUCUGCUAUGCUUGCUGAGAACAUGCUGGUCCACGACCCCUGCCAUUUACAGGAGCUACUGCUUUGUCCCGAGGGUGAUGUGGCAGCUGUGUGUGGCUCAGCUCUGCAGCUGGAUGGCUGUAAUGUCCUUCAUGCUCUUCUUCACAGUCUUUGUAGGAGAAGGCCUGUAUGGUGGCGUUCCCAGUGCGGUACCAGGAAGUGUGCCCAGACAAAGAUACGACGAAGGUAUCCGUAUGGGAAGCCUGGGUUUGUUCCUCCAGUGUGCUACCUCAACCUUCUUCUCAAUGGUCAUGAGUCGACUGGUUCACCGUUUCGGAUCGCGCUGGGUGUAUUUGAGUAGCAUGGUGAGUUUCACGGUGUCCGCUUUGGUCAUCUGCCUAUCUAAAAGCGUGGUCCUCGUCACAACCAUGGCCGCCCUUACCGGCUAUGCCUAUGCCGCGCUGCAGACAUUGCCCUACACCCUCACCUGCCACUACCACAAGGAGAAGAAGGUGUAUAUGCCAAAAAGGAAAGCCAAAAACCCGCGUAAAAAUGGUUUUACAACCAAGAGAGACUAUUUGACUCCAGCGGAAGAGGAGGGCUUACUAAACAACACGGUCGGCCCCUCCUUUGGCAACGCCUUCUUCAGCCAGGACAGUUACUACGCUGCUCCCCUCAACCAGAACGGCUCAGCUCACAGCCCCGCCGGCCCCGAGCCGGAGGACCCGGAGUCGGGAUAUGAAGACCGUGGCGUGGGCUUGGACUUUGCCGUUCUAGAUGGCACCUUUCUCCUCUCUCAGGUUAUCCCCACCCUCCUCAUGGGCACCAUUGUUCAAUUCGCACAGUCAGUCACCGCCUAUAUUGCCUGCUCUGCAAUCUUAGGCAUUGUUGCCAUCUGUUUAGCCAAUCAUAUUGUCUUUGACCAAAAGGACCUCAAAGGCCGUGACUCAGAUGGGAAACCUAUGGGAAAGAUUGUGGAAUAAUGGCGGAGGAGCGUGUUGACAAUGCAGUCGCUGAGUAUCCCGGGAGGCCUUGCUCUAUUUUUGUGUUAUUUGCACCUUAUCAAAAGUGUGCCAUUCUGAGGCAUUGGAGAAUGAGUGAAUAUGUCAGCGGGGACGUGCCGCUAGUUUUUAAAUAGCCACAGGUUUCGCCCAGGUGACUAAGGGUUUUCCUUCCCCCACCAAACGUAUUUACACUCUAUUCUGGGAUAUAUACAGGGUAUAAAAGGUGACACGGAGAGGGAAGAUGGUUGCCUUGCUUCUUCAAUCCCGACACGCCGGAUGUUAUAUUUCACAAAGCCAUCUGAGAAAAAGCUGAAAGGCGAUUGAACGGAUUAUCCGUUUGUCCCAUCCAUUUUGAUGAACAAGCAUGGGAACGCUGCCACCUGCAAAAUGGCCCCCUAGCUGCCUCUUCUACUCCGUUAAAGACCGCUGAGCAGUCUGAGCAUCUCGGACGCAAUUGGUGCCACGGAGGCACGCUCAACCCAACAAUUGUGCCACAUACUGCGCUGCCAUGUGCAUUGCGAGUGAAGCGAUGAGAACACACCCCUCCCAUAUAGCGUCUCUUUAAAAGAGUCAAGAGCGCUAUCAAGUAGAUUCAAUCAUAUCCACGUAGGGGUUUAUCAGAAAUGGUUCGAGUGGUAUUCUAUUAGAACUGGACUACAGAUGUCCCAAAUAUUAGGAAAGAGGGACAGCUCUAUCUCCGAUUAGGACAAACAUCUCAGGUUAGCACUUUGCCGUAGUGCCCUCGUCUGUCUCAAUGCAGCUGCACCUUCAUGUUUUAACGUAAUUAUGCCCCUUGACAAUCUAGGACUCCCAGAUGGGCUUUUAUAUACGAUCGCGCUGCAAAUGACAUUCCUAUUUCACCCAUUGCCAAAAGACCCAAAUCAUUUGCUCAGUAGUGAAAGUGAACCAUUUUGCUUACCGAAGAUGACAGAGCAGCCUGUGCGCGCGCGUGGGGUCGUGUGUAUGUAUUCACGCUCCGAGGUGAUCGCCGGGCCGUCUUCUCAUUGGAGCGUUGCGGAUCUAUUUUCUGACUCUACUUAGCCAGGUACAUACAGUCCUUCGAUGCCUGAGAGAGGUUUUUUUUUUCUUUUUUUAACAAACAAUGAUAGCUUUGUCCCAGAAUGCAAACAAAAAUCUUAUCUAGCAGUAGCACAAUUGUCCAAAAAAGUGCCUGUAUAUUUUUCUGCCUUUUGUACCUAUUUAUUUAUAAUGCUUUUAUUUGGGGGGGGGGGGAGUUUUUAAGAUAUUGGCCUUUGGCAUCUGCUUUAGGUGCAAGGAUGAGGGCUAUUUCUGUGAAAAAGCUAAAUUAUUUGUACAGUGAUGUGCAACCAAUCCUCUGGAGUCCUAACUUAUUUUAACAUGAAACCUUUGUUCAGUAGCAUCUUCAGUUUGCUUUCACUCUUUAUUUGCCAUGCUGUUAGAUCUUGUUUUGUCAGCACUGCUUUGAUUACCACUAUAAUUCUCUUAUUUUUUCAAGUAAUACUUUUGAUGAUUAUUUUGUUUUUAAAUCAACUAUUUAACCGAUUUGUUUUUAACACAAACAAAUUAACAACAUUUAAUUUGUUUGUUUUUUUAACUCUGAAGGCGGAAGUUGAUUUUAGCCCCCAAUAGCGACCGUCUCGUUGGAGUUUUAAGGCCAGUGCCAAAUACAGACUCUUGAAAUUUAGGAUGAAUACAUUUUUAAUAGCAUGUACCACAAGAUAUUACCGGUUGUUGUCGUCGAUGCAUAAAGCCAUGACCGCAAACUAUUUUACACCCAUCAUAUUAUUCUGUAAUAAAUCUGAUUUCCAAACAGUUUUUAUAAACAAUAAAACAAACUGGCUGACAA